GCGAGGCCAGGGAGCGACGGGACGACGAGUUCGCGCUGCGGCUGCCGCACAAAAUGGCGGAGGGCGAUAACCGGAGCACCAACCUGCUGGCUGCAGAGACAGCUGGCUUGGAAGAACAGUUGCAGGGAUGGGGUGAAGUGAUUCUGGUGACUGACAAGAUCCUUCGCUGGGAAAAAACAUGGUUUCCAGCUGCCAUGCUUUCUGUCGUGUCUGUUAUCUUUCUGUUGAUCUACUAUGUGGACCCCUCUGUUCUUUCAGGCGUUUCCUGCUUCAUCAUGUUGUUUUGUCUGGCUGACUAUCUGGUACCCGCUCUUGCUCCUAGAAUCUUUGGCUCCACUAAAUGGUACGAAACAAACUUGGAACAGAAAAAGAAUUAUAACUUGUUUUUAUUUCACUUUUUUUUUAAAGUGUGCUUCGUCUUGUUGUUCCCUGGAUUAAACAAACACGGGGUAAUUUCCAAAUACGCUGGAAUGGCAAAAAGAGAGGUCAACAAACUCCUGAAGCACAAAGAAAAGAAAAAUGAAUGAAGUGUUGCUUGCUCCCUCGCCCAAAUAUAUAAUUCUGUUCUGGGAACAAUUCAGAUGACUCGCUGCGUAUUUAAUAGUAUAGAAGUGCUUAUACCAGCCAUUGCCUUUUUUUAACUUUAAUGUGGGACCUUUUUCUGCUGUACAACCCCCAACCAUGUGGUCCCCAAACCACACAUUAAUACAGUGUGUUAACACAGACCAUCAUUCUUCUAGUAAGUGUGAUUAGCCAUCUAGUGUAAUAAGGCUGUGAGAUCAGUAAUUAAUGGUGUUGGUAAGAUGAUUACAAUUGUGGAGCUAUCCCGUGUUCAUAUUUUUUGGUGUAAAAGAUAGCUAAACUUCUGUAUUCCUUCUGAGUGUUUUAUGGACACACACACACUGGACUGACCAGAUUUAUUUGGCAAUAUCCUCCAGAUUAAAUUAAUACAAUUCGUAUUUUAAAUUGUGGAUUACAAUGAUUUGAAUAAGCAAGGCUGCUAGAAUUGUGCAUCCAAGUUAAACCCCUAUCUCCAUAAUAAAAAUGUAUUGCACUGGAAUUAUACAGGAAACAGGCUUAGGAAGCGAAAUCAGCUCCCCCCCCCCUUUUGUUUAAAUUGCUGUAAUUUUGAUGUCAUGUUCUGAUGAUUUUAACAAACAUGGUCUAAAAAAACAUGUUGAAAAAUACUUGAUGCAUCCAUCUUGUGAACAUAUUUCUCUUUGUUGUCUUAAUAACAAUGUCCUAUUUUGUCUCCAGUAUGAAUUUAAAUUUCAUAAUUUCAAAUGAAUGAACAGUAUUAACUCCCAGUUUGAAACCAGUCUUGAGUAACAUUAAUGCUUUGGGUUUUUUUUUAUCUUUAGGCUUUCUUUCCAGCAAAAUAAGGGUUGUUAGGAAAUGUAAUGCAUUUACAUUAUUGCCUUAGAUCUGCCUCCUUCAAAUUAAUAAGCCAUCAGUAUAAAUAUUUACAGUUUUUUCUGUUAAAUAAAGGAACACAUUGAAAAAAACCUGCUUUGGGCAAAAUUGGUUUGGCUGGAUAAGUUGGACCGUGUUUUUCCUUUAUUUGCCUAGAAUGAAUAUGAAUAUAUCCUAGAGACUGGGUGAUGAUCCAUACAAAAACUGGCCAGGUCAGUCAAAAGUAUUAUUCCCUGCUGGACUUAAGCACAUCUACAUUAUUUUGAUUCUUUUUUCCAUGGCCAAAUUUGCUUUUGCCAAUGAUAUCAGUUGCUUGACCGGUAUGUGUAGGAUGAGGAAGAGCACAAGGAAAUUAUUAUCUAUAUAUUGGCAAUGCAGAUAUUUGGUUGAGAGAUUUAAUUCAAUCAGUUGUAAUAACUUAAAAUUAUUAGAAUCUAUUUAGUGCUACACAGAGCUCCAGAUAGAUUAAUUUCAAUACAAUACCAAACGCCCUGUGGUUUGUGGUAUUAGAAUUUAUUUUGGGGAGAGAUUAAACUUGGCUAAGAUACUGCUUCUCCAAACCAAUUGAAAUCUUCUGUUUUGAGGAUGCCAAAUUGGUUCAGCAUGGUAGGAAUGACUUUCACUUUUAUUAACGCCAUCUUUACUUUUAGAUAUUGGGUAGAUACUUAAGUACUACUCAAUGUUCCUAUAGUAAGAAAGGCUGUAUCUUUGUCAGGUGAAGACUUUUCAGAUUAGAACCCCGUCAGAGCAAUUAAUUUCUCUUAAAAUGUGCGUCCUUUCAUUGUAAUAAAACAUACAAUAGCAGAAGCACAAGCAAAUGACAAAAAAGUUUUAAUAAAUUGAUUCAAAGAAGUCAUUUUUAGGUUUUUUUAAGGCACACUAUUGACUGUCACUACCUUUCUUUUUUUAUUUUUAUUUUUUCUUGCAUUGUAAUGCAGUGUUUUAAAUGAGCAAAACGAUAUUGUAAGAGGAAAGAAGCUCGCCACGUGUAAAAAGUAGGACAGAUACAUGGUGGAGUGGAAGUUAGUUUAAGUUUUGCGUGCUGGUCAUUUUUUGUCCUUUCCUUUGUGUUAAAUGUGUAAUAUAGAUGGAUGUUAAUGUAUAUUUAGGAAACUAAAAAGUUGAAUAAAAAUGUGAACAGAAGAAAAA